UCUGUCCAUUGUUGGAAGUUUAGUAUAUAAGAAGUAAAUGCAACAUUAACCAAAAUACUAAGCGUUCAGAGAAACAUAAUUCUAUUUCUGAGGACACGCAGGCCCAAAAUGUGGUUGCUUUUAACAGUGGCAAGUUUGCUAUCUGCACUUGGAACUACAUAUGGUCUCUUUGGAAAAUUACAUCCUGAGAGCCCUGAAGUAACUAUGAAUAUUAGUCAGAUGAUUUCUUACUGGGGAUACCCAAGUGAGAAAUAUGAAGUUGUGACUGAAGACGGUUAUAUCCUUGGGGUAUACAGAAUUCCUUAUGGGAAGAAAAAUUCGGAAAAUAAAGGCCAGAGACCGGUUGUGUUUUUGCAGCAUGGCUUGCUCACAUCAGCCACAAACUGGAUUUCAAACCUUCCCAACAACAGCCUGGGCUUCAUUCUGGCAGAUGCUGGUUAUGACGUGUGGUUGGGGAACAGCAGAGGAAACACCUGGGCCAGGAGAAAUUUGUAUUAUUCACCAGACUCAGUUGAAUUCUGGGCUUUCAGUUUUGAUGAAAUGGCUAAAUAUGACCUUCCAGCCACAAUUGACUUCAUUGUAAAGAAAACCGGACAGAAGAAGAUAAACUAUGUGGGCCAUUCCCAGGGCACGACCAUUGGUUUUAUUGCCUUUUCUACCAAACCCAAGCUGGCUGAAAGAAUCAAAACCUUUUAUGCAUUAGCUCCAGUUGCCACUGUGAAGUAUACAAAAAGCCUUUUAAACAAACUUGCACUUAUUCCUUCAUUCCUUUUCAAGAUUAUAUUUGGUGACAAAAUAUUCUAUCCGCAUAACUUCUUUGAUCAAUUUCUUGCUACUGAAGUGUGCUCCCGUCAGACACUGGAUGUCAUUUGCAGCAAUGCCUUGUUUAUCAUUUGUGGAUUUGACAAUAAGAACUUGAACGUGAGUCGCUUGGAUGUGUAUAUAUCACACAAUCCAGCAGGAACUUCUGUUCAAAACAUCCUUCACUGGAGUCAGGCUGUCAAUUCUGGGAAAUUCCAAGCUUUUGAAUGGGGAAACCCAGUUCAGAACAUGAUGCACUAUAAUCAGCCCACACCCCCGUACUACAAUGUGACAGCCAUGAAUGUGCCAAUUGCAGUGUGGAAUGGUGGCAAUGACUGGCUGGCUGACCCCCAAGAUGUUGGCAUGUUGCUUCCAAAACUUUCUAAUCUCAUUUACCACAAGAAGAUUCCUUUUUAUAACCACUUGGACUUUAUCUGGGCGAUGGAUGCCCCUCAAGAAGUUUACAAUGAAAUUGUUUCUAUGAUGGCAGAAGAUAAUAAGUAGUUCUGGAUUUAAAGAAUUAUCCAUUUUAAAAAAUACUUUCUUCUCUCAUACAUAGUUUUCUAUAAUGUUUGAAAUACUGUGCUUCUUUCUGUAACUUUGAAUUUAGAAAUAUAUUGGCAUCAAAAA